AUGUCCUCGCCGUUUGCUGCAUUGAUAGACCAAAACAUACAUGUUGUGCCCUCCUUCACGUUGGAAUCUGGCAGGGUUCUUAACCAAGUGCCUAUCGCGUACAAAACAUGGGGAACACUGAACGAGGCUAAGGAUAACGUGAUGAUUAUCUGUCACGCAUUCACCGGUAGCGCAGAUGUUGAGGACUGGUGGGGCCCGCUCAUGGGUCAUGGCAAAGCCUUUGACUCCAACCGCUUCUUUAUUUUUUGUGGGAACGUUAUGGGCUCACCUUACGGUUCUGCGUCUCCUGUUACCGUCAACCCUGAGACAGGGAGGUCGUAUGGUCCAGAAUUCCCUGCAACUACUAUCCGAGAUGAUGUCCGCGUGCAGAAGCUGGUGCUUGACGAGCUGGGCGUUACGUCGGUAGCGGUUGCCAUUGGCGGCUCUAUGGGAGGAAUGGAGAUUCUCGAGUGGCCGUUAUGUACCCCACCAGGCUACGUCCGGCACAUUAUACCCAUCGCAACGUCCGCGAGACACUCAGCGUGGUGCAUUAGCUGGGGCGAAGCACAGCGCCAAAGUAUCUACAGUGACCCGACGUAUGAAGAUGGGUAUUACAAGUCACAGCCUGCGUCUGGUCUAGCUGCGGCUAGAAUGGCCGCAUUGUUGACCUAUCGCUCGCGUGAUUCAUUCGAAAGCCGAUUUGGACGCAAACCACAAAAGUCUGCCAUUCCAACUCCCCCACGCUCUCCAACUAUGUCCCCUGCUGAUGACGCACUGGCAGCACACAACGACGGGUCCCGCAACACGAAGAUACGCGGAGCAUUAGACAGCUCCGUUUCAUCACCAAUCGGGACCCCGCUGUCAUCUCGCUCCCUAACUCCACCUCCACGACCGCCAGUAUUCUCGGCACAAUCAUAUCUGCGGUACCAAGGAGAGAAAUUCAUUUCACGCUUCGAUGCAAAUUGUUACAUUCACAUUACCCGCAAAAUGGAUACACACGACGUGUCACGGGAUCGGCUGCUUCCCAACGAAGACGAAUCGCAUGCUCUCGCUCGAGUAUUGUCUACCCUACCUCGACGGGCGCUCGUCAUCGGCAUACAGACGGACGGGCUGUUCACACCGUCUGAGCAGCGCGAGAUUGCGGAGCAUAUACCCGAGGCGGAGUUGGUGAUUAUCCCUUCGCCGGAGGGGCAUGACGGCUUCUUGCUGGAGUUUGAGCUUAUUAACGGCCACAUCAUGCGAUUCUUGAAACGCGAGUUUCCGGAAUACUACCGGACAAGCGCAGGUACGGCCGUGGCGGAGGAGCCAUUGGAAGGGUUCGAGAUCAAAAAGACAAGCCUGUUCGGGGAGGCGGAAGCAGAUAUCACGCGAUGGUAG